CACACACACACACAGAGAAAAACAAGAAGACCCUUUUUUCAAGAAUCCAAAAAUGGUUACCACAACGAACUCUCCUGUCUCAGACACCAACCUAUCAACUCCAUUGUUAUCAGCAACAGCAAGCAGCAGUAGCACAAGCAGCGACACCGACGAAAGCCCUGCAACAUCGCAUCGUUUCGAUAUCCAAAGUUUCAAAUUUCACAUCUCAAACACACCCGUUUCAGAUUACCGCUCAUACAAAUCAUUGGCAGUUCUUUCGGCCCAUAUCGGAUCAGUCUCUUCCUUGGCCAUCUGUGGAGAGUUCAUCCUCAGCGCUUCACAAGGCAAAGACAUAAUAGUCUGGCAACAGCCUGAUUUGAGGCAAUUCACAAAGUUCGGACAAGGCGAUGGCUCUGUUAAAGCUCUCAUCACCGUCGGAAACAAGGUUUUCACGGCGCAUCAAGAUAGUAGAAUAAGGGUUUGGAAGGUUUCAAGAAGCUCUGAAAAUAUAUUCAGGCUUGUUGAUACUCUUCCCACUACGAAAGAUUACUUGGGAAAGUUCAUGAAGCAGAGCAAUUAUGUGCAGACCAGAAGACACCACAAGCGUUUGUGGAUUGAACACAGUGACAGUAUUUCUUGUUUAACAGUUCAUAAUGGGUUGAUCUAUUCUGGGUCAUGGGAUAAGACCCUCAAAGUUUGGAGAGUUUCGGAUUUGAAGUGUUCGGAAUCGAUAAAAGCUCAUGAUGAUGCUAUAAAUGGGUUGGCUGCUAGCAAGGGGAUUGUAUAUUCAGCUUCUGCAGAUGGGAAGAUUAAGGCUUGGGGGAAAGAGGGUAAGAGUUCACAUUCUUUGAAGGGAAUUUUAGAGGGUCAUAAAGAUGUUUCAUUGAAUUCUGUGGUGGUUUCAGAGGAUGGGAGGAUUGUUUAUGGUGGGGGUUCUGAUGGGUAUGUAAUUGGAUGGGUGGAAAAUGGGAAUUUUGAAAGUUGGAGGGUAGUUUUUGAGGUGAAAGCACAUCAAAUGGCUGUUUUGUGCAUUUGUUUGAUGGGGGAAUUUUUAUGCAGCGGAUCUGCUGAUAAGAGUAUUAAUAUUUGGAAGAGAGAGAUUAAUGGUGGGCUCUGGAGGGUUGGGGUUAUAAGAGGACAUGAAGGGCCAGUCAAGUGUUUGCAAGCAUCACCUAACAGUGUUGGUGGUGGGUUCAUGCUGUAUAGUGGGAGCCUUGACAGGAGCCUAAGAGUUUGGUGGGUUCCAAAAUACUCUGCUAAAACAGAGGACAGAUCUUCAACUCAAAGUACAGAGAAAAAUUCCAUAGUCAUGUGUUAG